AAGCUUUCCUUGCCGCAGAUCACGUAGCAGGGAGCGCCACUUGUGAAGAUGCGAAGACACACAAUUUUGCCAAGCGAGCUGAAAUUUAAGCCUGGCUGGUUUCAAAAUGACACCCUGAAACGAUGCACAGCUCUGGGACACAGCAGCUGCAGGGUUCAGUUACUGCCACUUGCAAAAUCUUGCAACUCUUUUGUAGCUGUGGAGUUGAAGCCUUAGCCUUACAGGACCACGUGAAGCACCGUUUCUGGCAUUAAGAAGCUUCUUGCCUAACCACCUUAUUUCCUGAACUGAGCUUCUGUGAAACAGGCAGUUGUUCCAGCUGUGACCUGGAGGACUCCUGAACUGGAAGAGCCAACAUGAAAGGUGAAGAAACUCGGCAGCGGAGAAAGGAAGGCAGAACUCGCAAUGGAGAGCGGUCCAGGCACAAAGCAAAGGGCAAGGUUAAGCACAAAGAGAGCAAACUUGGCAGCCAGGGGACAGAGGAUGGCUCUUUGCUGCUGCCUCAGAAGCAGCCUGCUGAAGCAAAAGUGGCUAUGGCAAAGCUUCAGGAGGAGUCUGCCAUCAGGAUUGGCCUACAGGUGCUCCUGCCGUACAUGAUGGCGGGCAUGGGCAUGGUCCUUGCAGGGAUGGUCUUGGAUUACGUUCAGCACUGGACUGUGUUCAAGACCAUCACAGAAAUAUUUAUCCUGAUUCCAGCCCUUGUCGGAUUGAAGGGCAACCUUGAAAUGACCUUGGCAUCUCGACUUUCUACUGCUGCUAAUACUGGAAGGAUGGAUAAUACUCAGGCACAGUGGAAAAUGGCUACUUGCAAUUUGGCUCUGAUUCAGUUGCAGGCCACGGUGGUGGGGCUCCUGGCUGCAGUGGCAGCAGUCCUUCUUGGUGCCUUGGCCAAAGGCUCCUUGGAGCUGAACCAAGCAGCCAUCCUGUGUGCCAGCAGUUUGAUGACAGCGUUCAUAGCCGCCCUCUCGCUUGGUCUGGUGAUGAUCGGCGUGAUCCUCGGUGCAAGGAAGGCGGGGAUAAACCCAGACAACAUUGCUACGCCCUUGGCAGCGAGCCUCGGAGACCUGAUAACACUUGCCCUGCUAGCUGCCAUCAGCAGCACCCUCUACAAAUACAUAGAGGUGAGGUACCUGUCGCCUCUGAUCUGUGCCGUCUUCAUUGUUAUGAUUCCUCUUUGGGUGGCUAUUGCCAGGCAGAGUCCUCCCGUUGCUGAAGUCCUCAAGUCUGGGUGGCAGCCAGUCAUUGUUGCCAUGGCCAUCAGCAGCAUUGGGGGACUUAUCUUGGACAAAACCAUAACCAAUCCAAACUUUGAAGGCAUAGCUAUUUUCACUCCUGUGAUCAAUGGUGUCGGCGGCAAUCUGGUAGCUAUCCAGGCCAGCCGCAUCUCCACAUUUCUGCAUCUCUGGAGCAUGCCUGGAGUCCUGCCACACAAGAUGAGGCAGCACUGGCCAAAUCCAUGCACCACCUUCUUCAGUUCAGGAAUAAAUUCAAAGUCUGCUCGUGUCUUGAUCCUGCUAGUGAUCCCAGGGCACCUGCUGUUCAUCUACACCAUUCAUUUCCUGCAGGCAGGCCACACGGCUCCCACCUUCACUUUUGUCGCCUUCUACCUGAUGGCUGCUGUUCUACAGGUGGCAAUCCUGCUGUACCUGGCUGACAUUCUCGUGCGGCUGUUCUGGAGAAAGGGCAUGGAUCCCGACAACUAUUCCAUCCCCUACCUCACCGCUCUGGGAGACCUCCUGGGCACUGGCUUCCUGGCCCUUUGCUUUCACUUGGUUUGGAUCUGCAAUGGGUUGAAGACUAUACCAAAGCACUAAAGGGGACUUCUGCUGCAGCACUGACCUGCCUACUGUUUCAACAAGUAAAAAUAAAAUAAAAUCGCUAUGGUGCUCUUGACACGGUCCAAACAAGGUAUGGAGAAGAGGAUGUCCAGCUCCUUAAACGGGAAUGGCUUGGAUAUCCCUCCCCUUCCAUCUAAAUACCAUGUAGGUGUGAAGUUUGAAAGAUACCUACCAAUGAAAUGGCAUCAACGUGGACGCAGCUUCCAAAGUGUCAGUAAUGAAUGGGUUGUGGAACGCUGCUCCUGUCUACCUUCCUCUUGGUUAAGAAGUGUUAUUGAAAUGGUCGAGUCCGAAAAGCCCAUUGAUGCUAAUGGGAGGCUAUCCACUGAUCUCAGUGGGGUUUAGAUUAUGUCCUAGAUGAGGAUGUUUCACUGUCUUUGCCAGGCAUCAGCUGGCGAUCAAAGAUGACAUUUUCCUGUCUGUAUUUCUUCUAUAUGUUCCCACACAGAGCAGGGUGGGGGAGAGAGAAUUAUGUCCAGGGCUAGUCACACUCUGCACAAAUAAUAAUAAUAAUACAGUAUAUCCUACACAAAGGAAACCAAAAAAACUUUGCACCGCAGUAGCUCAGAUUCUGCCUCACAAUACCAGUCAUUGCAGCAUUGUAUAUAGCAAUUUGGGUACUUUACGUUUCUCAGUUUGCAUGCCGAUGCUUAAUUUGAGUGCUUUGCAGAAGUUUCGAAGUGUUGACACUGCAGUAGCAGGAGUGCAGUAUAAGUUAAGAAGCGGGAGAAGGUGGCUGAGGAUGGGGAAAAUGUAGCUGGAAGGCAUAAAAUAGCCAAAACUGAAUACUAAAGCUUCAUAUUGGCUGUUUGAAUGGUUUCAAACAACCCUACCCACCCAUAAAAUCUUGAGAGGCUGAGCAGCUUCUCAUCCCACUCUCCACUCCAGUUGUCCCGUCCAAAACUGCUUUCAGGGUUUGUGCAAGAAUACUCAUAGAUUAAAUGGCCAGCUCUGCUGAUGGACUUCGUAAAUACUUCUUGAGCAACUGAGAGAGUUCCCUACAGUGUGUUCUGAAGGCUCAUCUGGGGGUAGGGGUGAGCUUUCUGUAUUCUGCAUGGAAGUCACUGUCCUGGGGAGCAAUGUGCUGAUAGUACUCAGAACCUUUUAAGAGUUCUGUGCCCAUGGACUUCCUCAAAUCACCUGUCCUUCCCAAGGCAGGAAAAUCAGCCGCAUUUAUCCCUGGCACAGUGCUCUUAAAAACCCAGCGAGUUAUUGCUUAAGGCUUGCAGCAGAGGCAGAGCAUGUUUGGCCUUCUAGGUGUUGUUGGGCUUCCAACUCACAUCAGCCCCAGCCAGCAUGUCGGGGAUGAUCGUCUUUGUAGCCCAGAAGCACCUGGAGGACUACAGGUUACCUACGCCUGUCGGAAAGACCCAAGGGUGGAUUUUCACCAUGUCAUCAGCAUCAGUGCCAAGCGUAGUAGAAUUGUCAUUCUCUCUCCCUUGUUUUUUGUUUUGCAGUUUCAAAUCUCAUGAGUUUUUAUGGUUUGUAGAAACAUCCACCCACAUGUAAAAUAAAAGUGUAAAAAUGG